AUCUCAGUCUUUGCCACCAGCUGCAGUGUUCCUCAGUCAUCCUCUCUUCUCUAAACCCUCAGAAGUAGCACCAUGUGCGACACCGAAGAGUUUGUGGCAGAGUUCGAGGAGGAGGUGAAGGAGCAGGAAGCUGAGGAAGAGGAGGAAGCUGAGGAAGAGGUUAAAGAAGAGGCUGAGGAGAAAGAAGAAGUUGAGGAAGAACAAGAAGAAGCUGAGGAAGGAGACGAACCUGAAGAGACACAUCAAGAAGAAGCAGACGAUGAGCAUGAAGCUGAAGAAGACACCAAACCCAAACCCAAGAUGUUUGUUCCCAACAUUAUACCACCAAAGCUGCCUGACGGGGAGAAGGUGGACUUUGAUGACCUCCACCGGAAGCGUGUGGAGAAGGAUUUUAAUGAACUGCAAAGCCUGAUUAACCUGCACUUCACCACCAGGCAGAAGGAGGAGGAUGAGCUGGUAGCGUUGAAGAACCGAAUUGAACGUCGUCGGACCGACCGUGCUGAUCAGCAACGGAUCAGAACUGAGCGAGACCGUGAAAGACAAGCACGCCUCGCUGAAGAACGAGCCCGUCGUGAAGAGGAGGCCGCCAAAUUGCGUGCCGAGGAAGAUGCCAGGAAAAAGAAGAUCCUUUCCAACAAGGGCUACGGCGGCUUCCUGCAGAAGGUGGAUCAGAAGAAAGGAAAGAAGCUGACCGAACGUGAGAAGAAGACCAAAUGUCUGCUAGAGCGUCGCAAGCCACUGAACAUCGAUCAUCUCAACCAGGAGAAGCUGGGAGAGAAAGCUCUCGACCUGUGGAAGUGGCUCAAUCAGCUCCACGCUGAGAAGUUUGAGUUGGGAGAGAAGCUAAAGUCGCAGAAGUAUGAGAUCAAGGUUUUGCGGAAUCGAGUAAGUGACCAUCAAAAGGGAACCAAGGUUGCGAAAACCACCAGGAAGUCCUGGAAGUAAAUUAAUCAGAUUAAUACACAAAACAGAGCCAAAAAGUCUUGCUUUGAACUUUUCAAGGACAACAUUUAACGUUUUCUGAUUAAUGUUUAUUCAUUUCUCAUUGUGCUGUAUGACUACUGUAUGUGUCAUUGGUUUUUAUUGGGAAUAAUGUUUUGUCGCAUGCAAGUCUCAAGCUCAUUCUCUAAACAUAUGAAAUGCUUUUAUGUCUACAAGAUUUACAUUAUGCAGAAAUGCAGUUUAUUUUCUAAUAUUUGAAUGUAUGACUUUUUUUCUUUCAACCUUUGCUUAAUAAUUGUAUAUUCAUUUCACAUUGUGCUGUAUGACUUCUGUAUGUGUAAUCAAUUUUUAUUGGGAAAACCUAUUGUUACAUGCAAGUCAUUCUGUAAACAUUUUCAAAGCUUUUUUUGUUCACAAGAUUUACAUUAUGCAGUAGAAAUGCAGUUUAUUUUCUAUGAUUUGACUGUGUGACUUUUUAUUUAUUUUAUUUAUUUAUUUUAUUUAUUUAUAAAGUGACAAUGUACAACAUGACAUGUUGUGCCAGAGUUAGCUAUAAAGCUAAUUUACAUCUGUAGUCCCUGGGCAGGAAGUAACAAAUUUAACAGUUAUAACAAAUACAAUGUACACUUACAGUACAAUAAAUACAACACAUCGUCAAUAUAAUGAAAUCAAAUCAAUGGCUGCAUAUUUGAUUUUGUUUUAGCCAAAUUUUAAGAACAGUUUUAAAAUUAUUAAAAGUGCUGCUCUCUCUGACAUACACUGGUAUUUUAUUUCCACUUUCUUUUUCUUUCAACCUUUGCUUAUUAACACAAGUGCUGACAAAUAUAUUGAAUUAAAGCAGUGGUUUCAUUUUAGAAAUUAUGCAUUAUGUAUUGACAUCACCAAGACCUCUUUCAAGACUGAAAUCCACAAAAUGUGUAAAAAUAAAUGAAUCAAUAAAUAAAUAAAAAAA